UGAAGGCAGCAAACUGGCCCCUCCCACUCCUCCUCUUUUUCCUCCUCCUCCUCUGAGGCAUCAGAGACAGAUUUUCCUCUGCGCUGCCUCCAGCAGAAGAAGCCCCACAGUCUGAGCCGGACCUGGACCAAAACCUAGGCCUGGACCUGGAUUUGGAUCUGGACCUGGAUCUGGAUUGUUGGCAUGCCGGUCCCAGAUGUGAAUCGGUCUAAGCGAUUUCCAGUGUGAUGCAGCCGUGUGAUGGGAGGAUCUGCUGGGAACGAUGGGAAACAAGCAGACGACCUUCACUGAGGAGCAGCUGGAGGCGUAUCAGGACUGCACCUUCUUUACUCGGAAGGAAAUCCUAAGGCUCCACAGCCGGUUUCGUGAGUUGGCUCCACAUCUAGUUCCUCUGGACUACACCAACAACCCCGACAUCAGAGUUCCUCUGACGCUCAUCGUCUCCAUGCCUGAGCUGAAGGAGAACCCGUUCAGAGACAGGAUCGUGGAGACGUUCUCCGAGGACGGAGAGGGAAACCUCAGCUUUAACGACUUCGUCGACAUGUUUUCUGCUCUCUGUGAAACAGCACCCAGAGAGCUGAAGACCAUCUAUGCCUUCAAGAUCUACGAUUUUAACCGAGACAGCUUCAUUUGUAAGGAGGACAUGCAGAAGACGGUGAACAAGCUGACCAAAGGGGAGCUGACGGCAGAGGAGGUCACGCUGGUGUGCGACAAAGCCAUUGAGGAGGCUGACCUGGACGGAGACAAGAAGCUCUCUUUCGCCGACUUUGAGAACAUGAUCUCCAAAGCUCCAGAGUUCCUGAGUAAUUUCCACAUACGAAUAUGAGACGGGCCUCACAGGUCCAGCAGAGGAAGAGACAUUUCACCUGGACCUGAUCUCAGUGCCUGUCUCCUUCCCCAGCAGACUAGGACAAGGACUCUGUUACCUUAUGAAGUUGUCCCCUGGACUUGACACGGACUGUAGGAGGUUGGGUGGUCACCUGUCCUCUGGAGUGGACAUGGGUCAUGUGACUCUGGAGUGGACAUGGUCCUGCAAAGCUGGACUGGAUGUGUUUCCUGUGAGGCUGGGGGUCCCUUGUUCUCUGGACGCGGGUCCUGUCCUUUAGACAGGACAUGGGUCCUGCGAGUCUGGGCAUCUCUUCAUUGGACGUUCUGAUGGAGGACAGUGCUGCAGGAUGAAGCCGGACUGCUGGGAAUUCAGUACUCCCAGACCAGACUGUUCUCUACAAGCACACUUUAAAGGGCAAAGACUGGGGAGCUGUGCAAGCUGUCCAUGACCAACAUGUUGUAAACAGCUGUAAACCGCUGGUGCACAUUGACAAUCACAGUAAACUGUAGCUAAGUUGAUGAAGGGCUCUCUGUCAUCUCACCUGGAAGUCUUCCUUUCACCUUCUCCAGGUAACUGAUUCUGCUUUCAGCUCUAAAUGUUUCCGGCUGGAGUCAAAUAAAUUUUUUUCUGUCAUUCCACGUGUCCCUGAACUUCUUCAGAAAGAAAUCUGACCAAGUUCCAGGUGAGGAGAUGAGCUGAAAACCACCUGAUCCCAGGUUACUGAAACUGUACCAUUUGUUUAAAAGAAUGUCCUCACCUGGAGGCUGGACAGUUACACGUGUUGGUCUGUCCAGUCCAGAACGUCCUGCAGCGGUCCAGAUCUGAAUGUUUAACAUUUCCAUGAAAACAACAACAACAAACAUAAAUCUGAGUCAGUCCGGUUCCAAAGAACCAAUCCUUGAAGACUUUCCAGGAACACUUCUCCAGGAUCCUUGUAGGGGUGAGCGAUACUGUAAGAUCUGCUAUCGACCCGAUAACAAGUAAACAAAGUUCUGGCCUUAUCAACACAGAGACUGAUGCUGUUUACCAGCGCUGUAAACAUGAAGCUGUGGAAUUAGCAUGGUGUUAACACACAAACAAUAAAGUUAUUACUCAUGUCAUAUUAAAGAAAGAAGCACAUUUUGGGCUUGUAGCUGACUUGUUAAAGCGGUGAACAAAAUCCACCAAAACCACUUUAUCAUCCUUAUUUCUGAAGAUUCUGACACUUUCCAGCCACAGAAAUAUAGAACAUAUAGAAAUGUGGAGGAUGCUGCAGGAUGAACCAUCUGACAUCCUGGUCCACACUCCUUACUCCUGGUGUGUGUGCCGCUGGCCUGUUUUUUUGCUGGUUUACCUGCACAGGUGAGUAUUAUGAUGGUACAACAUCAAAACACAACGUGUGAUGGAGAGAAGCUUCAGACAUCCAUCGCUUCAUGAUGAGAUGCAGCAGCUCAUCCUGCAGAGGAGAGGAACUAAAACUAAAGCGUCCAUCUUAUAAUAUCAAUCAAUAUCGAUACCAAUGCUGGUAAGGGUAUUAUUGAUAUUCAGAUUGAUCCUCCCACCCCUAGAUUCUUGAAGAACUUUCCAGGAACAGUUCUCCAGGAUCCUAGAAGGACUUUCCAAAGCUCUUCUUUGGCUAUUUCAGCAUUUUGUUGUGUCCAGAUGAUCCCACACUGCUUCAAUAAUGCUGAGAUCCGGGUUCUGAGGAGGAUCCAUCCUCUGUCAGACCCAGCAAGGUCUGGGUUGUAGGGUCAUCCAUCCCUUUAUCAGACCUGUUUCCACUGUCUCCAGUCCAGUUCUUGUGUCAUGUGACAUACCUCAGCUUUUUCUCCUUGCUUCCCUUCCUGACAACCACGUUUCCAUGGAGACCAUUUCUAAGGGUUCCACCUGGUUUUCCCAGAUGGAACUCUGAACACAGAUGGUCACAUUGCAUCAUGGUUCUGUUUCCUUGUCUAAGAUUCUAUGACUCGACCAUCUUCAGGGCUUCUCGUUCCCGUGUCCAACAGGACUGAUCAUCUUCUUUCAGUUUGACAUACGAAGGCAGGGUAAAGUUCUACUGCACAGAUCUGUCUGAUGAAUGCCUGAAUGUUGCUGUGUUUUAGAAGUCACAACACACAUUUAGAACAGAGUCCUGAAAACUGGUGUGUGGAUUUUCAUGUUCAACCAAUAAACAGAGAAACUGGAUCGUUCCAGAGCUCUCUGGUAAAUACCAGCUUGUCUUUUUAUGCUUUCUGUGGACAAAACACACCAACAGUAGGAGCUGAAACGUGGAACCAAUUUACCUGAUCCACCCGAACCUUUAAAUGAAAAAGGUCUGCAGAGAAAACCCAGACCUGAUCAUCCUCCAGCAGCUGCUGCAGCACAUUUAUCCUGAUUAUCCUGAAGGGCUCACAGUGCUAAAGUCAGCAGCUUCCUGCAGCUGCAGCACACGGCAGCUUCAUAACUACUGAACCUGAAGAUG